AUGCCGCCGCCUUCGCUCCUCCAACUAUGUACAGCGACUGCUGUUAAGAACGUGAAAUAUUUAAAUGAUAUUGGAAAUGUCCCGUAUAUCCUUGCGCGCCCUUUUCUCCUGAAAAUCGAAAGUCCUGAGAAACUCAGAACACUAGAACUGCAAUCCCCUCAUAUUAUAGACGAAGAUAAAGAGCUCUGGCUCGAGUUUAUAAAGCGAGAUAUACCUAGGUGGGACGAGUAUGAUAUACCGGAACAAUCCGAUUGUUGGUAUGACGUAUAUUGCGAUCUUCGGGAACGUGUGCAGAGGGAAGUGGAUGAAGAUGCCGAGAAACUGAAGCUGGCCCUAGAUGGGAUCAGUUCAGAACGUGCCAAAAAUAGUGUUAACUUUGUCCCUGACCGCCGCGAUAUUCGCCUACCCCGAGAAAGGCCAACGGCAAAGCAACGAUAUGCUUCGUAUGACCGAAAAAUGGGCGGCAUCAAACCUAUGUAUACAUCUACGAGGAAUACUCUCGGUUCGUCAGACCCAUUAGGAUCACCUCUCUGGUCCUUUGAGCGACCGACGCCUCCACCCAAGAAAAAGAGCAGUAUAUUUACUGCUCCAAAACGGAAUAAUGCCCUGGCUGUGCCAACGAAACACCUGAAUAAUAGAGCCACACAAGUCAGACAAGCCCCUCGUUCCUUGAUCGAGGAGCAUAGACGGCCAACAGAACCUGCCAUACCUCGGCGGACUAACCCUCCUGCAUUGAGAGCACCCGGGCGGUCUAAUCUUCAGAGUAUACCCGAUCGGAGAAAUCAAAAGCCAGUGGUAUCCACGUCCUUACGGGAUAGGGAAGCAAGGCUACGGGCUAUUGCCUCCGGGCAACGACCGGGCUCUAGCACCCCCGGUUCCUCUGCUUCGUCGCAAUUGCCUGCUGCUGCAAGCUCAAAGUCGAGGAAUACCCAGACACAUAUUUCAAAUAGUCGCAAUGAGCUUUCAUCUGCAGAAAUUAGCUCUCCGGCACGCUCACACACGGAAAGACAUCGAUUUGCUGAAAUGGAGCUCGGUACUGCUGCCGAUGGGCCCAGAGAUUCCCCAGCGCAAGCUCCUCGUCCUGCAAUGAUUCGAAAACGACCUCCUCCAAAUGUUUUCAUGCAACCUAAAAAAGAAAAGUUAACUAACAUCAUAUUGGAUUCGAAACUGUCAUGGCCUCCAUUCCUGAUGUUACCAAAAUCCCAAAUAAUAAUCAUAGCUCUGAAGGUAUAUCAGUUCAGGGGGUUGGAGUGUAGCUUGUCUUUUUGA